CGUGGCGUCCAUUCUUCUCUGUCUAUAAAACAAGCCUUCUGCUGUGUGAUUACCUCACCGAUUGCUAGCUUAACAGAGUUAAUUAAAGGAGUUGAAUACUUUAGAAGAGUUUGGUACCUGAUACCCACUCUUCAGAAGUGGACUUCAGCCGCUGCUAAACCCAAGUUCACAGGCUAAAUGGCAACACCUCUCUGGACCUGCUGACAUAGGUUAAUCUCACUUCCUCUCUUCUACGGGACAAGUAGACUUAUUGCAACCACAGCAGAGAUCAUGCGGCAGUGUUGAUCAUUUGCAGAAGAUCAGCACACCGAGGGCUGUGAUUUGCACUGGAGGUGAAUGAUGGCUGGAGGCAGGAGUUUGGAGAAAAUAGCAGCUACCUGCAUCAUAACGUUGUGUUUGGCUUGUUUGCACGUGACCUCCUUAAAAUCACAACUUUUCACCAGAGUUGGGGGGUUACGUUACACCACGGAGCCCCCCAUCAGUUAUAAAACAUUGUACUUCGAUCAAAAGAUUGAUCACUUUGGAUUCCUCCAAGAUGGCACCUUUAAGCAAAGAUAUCUUGUGGCUGACAAACACUGGCAUCAGCCUGAUGGACCUGUUUUGUUCUACACCGGAAAUGAAGGAGACAUCACCUGGUUCUGCAACAACACUGGCUUCAUGUGGGAAAUUGCAGGACAGUUGGGCGCCAUGCUGGUUUUUGCAGAACAUCGCUACUAUGGAGAGUCUUUGCCAUUUGGCCAAGAAUCUUACAGUGACAGCAAACACCUGAAUUACCUGACGUCAGAGCAGGCCCUUGCAGAUUUUGCUGUACUAACUGAAAACCUCAAGAGUACUGUACCCGGUGCCCAAAACAGCCCUGUUAUCGCCAUCGGUGGCUCCUAUGGAGGGAUGCUCUCUGCCUGGUUCAGGAUGAAAUAUCCAAAUGUUGUUGUUGGGGCUUUGGCAGCUUCAGCACCAAUAUGGCAGUUCCCUGACAUGGUGCCAUGUGGAGAUUUCUAUAAAAUAGUAACACAGGACUUUGCCAAAAGUGGCAAUAAUUGUGACAGAAACAUCAGAAGAUCAUGGAAGGCUAUAAAUAAUGUCUCCUCUUCUGCGUCCGGUCUUCAGUGGCUGUCAGAAGAGUUCAGUUUAUGCUCCCCUCUUAAAAACAAGAAUGAUGCUGUGACCUUUAAAAGCUGGCUUCAAGAGACCUGGGUGAAUCUGGCAAUGGUGGACUAUCCGUAUGAGGCUAAUUUCCUCCAGCCACUGCCUCGCUGGCCAAUCCAGGUGGUGUGCAAGUAUCUUGGUUUCAAUUCCACUGUGUCUGACCACCAGCUGCUGCAUGGUGUUGCCCAAGCAGCGAAGGUCUACUACAACUAUACAGGAAGCUCUCCUUGCCUCAACACAUCUCAGACAGCAACCAGCAGCCUGGGUGCCCUUGGCUGGUUCUUCCAGGCCUGCACAGAGAUGGUGAUGCCCAUGUGCACAGAUGGAGUCCAGGAUAUGUUUGAACCAGAGCAGUGGAACUUCCAGGCCUUCUCUGAUGAGUGUAACUCCAUCUUUGGCGUCAGGCCUCGAGCUGAUUGGGCUGGCACUGUCUAUGGGGGAAAGAAGAUUGGUUCCCAUAGCAACAUUAUUUUCAGUAACGGAGGACUUGAUCCAUGGUCAGCUGGUGGAGUGACUUCCAACAUAACUCAAUCUCUGGUUUCCAUUCUGAUUCCUGACGGGGCUCAUCACUUGGACCUCCGCUACAGCAACAACUUCGAUCCACCCUCGGUCCGAGCUGCACGGGCAUUAGAGCUGAAGUACUUUCAGAAGUGGAUCAGGCAAGCUCAAAAGUCAACUGGAACUGGAUCGACUAAAUCCAAAAAGAGGAACAAUUCUCCUUAAGAUGUUCUUGGUGUGCAAGAUUUAGCUUUAACUUGCAUGAAAUGGAGUUUUCAUAUGGUGCUUUCUAACUGAAUAAUGCCAAAGUUUCUCCUUUUGUGAAUCAUUUCCUGGUGAAUGUCAUGUCGUAUGACCUUCUUUCAUCUAGUUAGAAACACUCGAUUUGUAAUGACAAAAUACUUGGGGAAAAACAUUUUGAUUUGCAUAUAUAAUAAAAACAAAACUACUGACAAACAGCUGUAAUAAAUACAUUUUGUAUGCAGCUAUUCAAACUACCAUAAUUGAAAUUAUUAUGUAAAUACUGGCACAUUUUCAGUUUAUUUAUUAAGUAAAAGCAGAUAUGGCUUUGCCCAGAUGUUGAGUUUUUUCUUUUUUUCAAAAUAAAGGCUGCAUUGACAAUCACA